UGAGAGAAGCACUCCUCAAGGAUCUUCCUGGUGUAACUGCCAUAGGCGUGGCUGUUGAAAUGAUGAUUGUGGCAGUUACCUGAAAACAACAAGAUUAAAGGACGCUGCUGGCGGCGUCUACUUUAAUCUACAAAAUAGGACGUGAGCAGAGGGACAGAACAGCUUAGGGACAGAAAACAAAAUGGUGGAACACAGAAGAGAGCGACGCCGUGCCAUUUCCCUCAGGGCUGGACCUAGUGAGGUGGACAACGUCACCCUGUCUGAUGUGAAUCUCAGGAUCCAUGCCUGGACUGCCUGGACAACAGGUCGUCAGCUGGCAGAGAUGGGUGACAGACUGGACCGUGAAUGGGCAGAGAGACUCCCUAAUCAGUGGCCUGUGCCACGAACUCUACAUGUGACAAGUCCUGCCCAUGCCCUGACUAGAAGCAUCUACAGGGGGAUACAAGGACAGCUUUGGGGAGUGAAGAGUUUGACCGGCGUGGCCUCCGCUGUCCACAGGCAGGCUACACAGAGAGCAGAGGCUUGGGUUUCCAGUAUUCAACCUGCUAACUGCCCUGGUUGGGCCAAAGCAAUGCUUGUCACUGUGGCACUGGUGGCCACGGCAACCAUUUGCACUAAAUUGUGGAAGAAGUAGAAAGGCUAACCAUUGCACUGAGGGGGCCUUGGCUGGACUUCUGGCUACAAUGUUCUAUGUUGGACAAUUUCCUAAUUGAGUGAUAUUUUUAAACAAUUUUUACUAUAGACUUUAAGAAAAAAGAAAUACCAUGUGUGUUAUUGAAUUGAUUGUGCUGGAUCACAGUUUUUAUAGUCUAAUCAACCAAUGCAUGUUGCAUGUUGGGGCGGCAGGGUAGCCUAGUGGUUAGAGCGUUGGACUAGUAACCAGAAGGUCGUUCUGCCCCUGAACAGGCAGUUAACCCACUGUUCCCAGGCCCAGGCCGUCAUUGAAAAUAAGAAUGUGUUCUUAACUGACUUGCCUGGUUAAAUAAAGGUAAAAAUUUAAAUAAAAUUUUUUUUUUAAAAAGUUUUAAAUACUGUU